AUGGCCGAGGAGGAGGAUUUCUCUUCCUUGCCAUUGACGGAUCGGUUCUCGCACAAGAACUGGAAAGCCCGCAAGAAUGGAUAUGAGGAUGCGAAACAACAAUUCGAGAAAUCGCCUGAUGAAUCGGACCCUGUUUUCACGCCGUUCAUACAAGAUCCUGGCUUGUGGAAAGGGGCAGUGGCAGACUCCAAUGUUGCAGCUCAACAAGAAGGUCUUGGGUCUUAUUGCGCAUUCCUGAAGUUCGGUGGUGUUCAGGCUUGUACAAGGACCCGGGCAACUACCGUCUUCCCAAUAUGCGAAAAGGGUCUCCCUUCCACACGACCCGCUGCGAAAACGAAUGCGAUCGAAGCCCUCUUAUUAUGCGUUGAGCUGGAUAAAUCCGACCCCGUCAUCGAAGAAAUUCUCCCCGCUCUGUCACACAAAGUUCCCAAGGUUAUUGCCGCUGCGCUGGCAGGACUGAGGGCCAUCUAUCACAACUUCGGUUGCAAGAUUGUCGACCCCAAGCCUGUCUUGAAGGCCCUGCCAAAGGUCUUUGGUCAUGCCGAUAAGAACGUCCGUGCGGAAGCGCAAAACCUCACCGUGGAACUUUACCGCUGGCUGAAGGAAGCCAUCAAACCGCUUUUCUGGAAUGAACUCAAACCCGUACAACAGCAGGACCUGGAGAAGCUGUUCGAAAAUGUCAAGCAAGAGCCGGCGCCCAAGCAAGAGCGGCUCACGAGGGCACAGCAAGAUGCCAUGGCCGCAGCCAGCGCUGCGCCAGAAGGUGGUGACGAUGAGUACGAAGGAGGCGAGGAAUACCCGGCAGAGGAGGAUGAAGGUGAAGUCGAUGCUUUCGACCUGGCCGAGCCCGUUGAUGUCUUCUCCAAGAUCCCCGGUAACUUUCAGGAGCAGCUUUCUUCUUCCAAGUGGAAGGAUAGGAAAGAGGCCUUGGACGCUCUGCAUACUGUGUUGAAUGUUCCCCGGAUCAAAGAUGGACCUUUCGAUGACGUUGUUCGUAUGCUGGCUAAAUCCAUGAAGGACGCAAAUAUUGCCGUGGUAACCGUUGCCGCCAACUGUAUUGAACUUCUUGCCAAGGGCGUUCGCAGUGGAUUCGUCAAGUAUCGGCCUACUGUCAUGUCACCUAUGCUGGAGCGUUUGAAGGAGAAGAAGCAGAGUGUGGCGGAUGCCCUGGGUCAAGCUUUGGACGCGGUCUUCAUCGCGACUAGUUUGUCAGAGUGCCUGGAGGAGAUUCUCGAAUUCCUCAAGCACAAAAACCCCCAAGUCAAGCAAGAGACACUCAAGUUUUUGAUCCGUUGUCUACGUACUACCAGGGACGUUCCGGCGAAACCGGAAGUCAAGUCGAUAGCCGAAGCGGGCACGAAACUUCUUACUGAGUCCACUGAGGUCAACCGUGCCGGAGGAGCUGAAGUUCUCGGUACUUUGAUGAAGAUCAUGGGCGAGCGGGCGAUGAACCCCUUUCUGGACGGACUCGAUGACAUCAGGAAGACGAAAAUUAAGGAAUUCUUCGAAACGGCCGAGGUCAAGGCGAAAGAUAGACCUAAGCCUAUCGUGGCACCGCCAAAGCCUGCCCCUGGAAAGAAGGUCGUCGCAAAGAAGCCGGCGUUGGGAGCUAAGAAGCCUGCUGCUGCCGCGCCUCCUGUUGAGGAACCAGUAGCUGCUCCUUCACCCAAACCCGCAAGGUCCAUUCCUUCUAAGCUUGGAGGGCCCGCCAAACCUGGUGGUCUUCCGGCCCCUGGCGGCCUCAAGAAGAGGCUCGGUGGCCCGGGAGGAAUUGCCUCUCCGCAGCGGCGGGUUGUCUCCCCUCCAACGGAGGAGCAGCCGCCCGCACCAGCACCUCCCAAAUAUGGUCUGGGAAGAGGACUUGCAGGCCGUCCGAUUGCGAAGCCAGCGACUCCCAGCGAGCCUGCGCCCGCUCCUGCAGCUCCUCAAUUUAGCGGAAUCUCGGCCCUGGAACGAGCUGAGUUGGAUGAGCUACGUGCAGAGAAGGAGCGGUUCAUGCGUAUGGUUGAGGACCUGAGGUCUGAGAGAACCAAGCUGAACUCGCAAGUGAUGGAGCUUCAAGACCAAAAUGCGCAGCUCAUUGAGGAUCACACAAGGGAUGUCCUGAGUAUCAAGGCUAAGGAAACCCAACUGGUUCGCGCACGAAGUGAUGCAGAGUCUGCGGAGCAGACUGUGCAAAAGCAGCAGCGGGAAAUCGAGCGCUUGAAGCGUGAGCUCGCAAGAGCUCUUCGCGCUAGUGCCAUCAGCCCUCCCAAUACCCUACCGGAGAAUAUUGGUAUGCCUAUGUCCGAAUCCGGCUCCUUAUACCAGGAAGAUGGCCGUGCACCGAUCUCACGGGCUGGUCUCAUGGGCUCACGAUUUGAGAGCUCACGGCCGCGCUCCUAUGCAUCGGCUAGCCCAAGUGAAGAGAAGGAGAACAAUGGCCUGGAAAACUCAGGGCUCAGCAGUAGAGAGGGAGGACUUGGUCGGCGCAAGCUCAGUCCUAGCUUCGGUACCGGCUACUCUGGCUUGGGAAGUCCGACUCGGUCGUCCGGACUGGGCUCGGGCAGUGCUUCUGGCGAAGAACAACCCGCCAGAAGUGCCGAGCCAGCUGAGAGCUGGAAGAGAGCUGCGGAAGUUACCAGCCAACUCAAGGCAAGAAUCGAACAGAUGAAGACAACCGGAUCUUCCUGUAUCAUGUUUACAUUCGAUGCUGUAUUGUACGCGUCACGAUUUGCUUGCUCAAUCGGUAUGGUUGGCUUGCAAUCCGCAGUUAAUAUUGUGGGGCCGGGUCAAAGGGCUAGAUCACAGCCUAGAGAAAAUUUUUAA